AUGGCGGCCCCCGCGGGCUGCAGCUCCCGCGGCUUCGCCCGCGCCGCCCUCAGCUAUUUCGCCCACCGCUGUGGCCGCCUUUAUGACUCUUUUUACAACUCCCAAAUUUCCACCAAGUUCGUUUUCUGCUGCGCCUUCCCAGCAGCAGUUUUCGCCCUCAGGUACCGCGCAGACACCAAACUCGGGUACGUCCGCCCACUUUAG